CGAAUAAAAUCAUCAUGGAAGAUAGUAACGCGCAACCGAGAUGUACCGGUACUUUUAAAAGUAACGAGCAUUAUGAAAAAUGUAUAAAGGAGCUGUCAAAAGAAGAAUUAUUGUCAUCUGUAAUAAAAUGCACCAAUUUUGCAGCGGAGAAACAUCGGAAUCAAAGAAGAAAGGAUGUCAAUCAAACACCAUACAUAAACCAUCCUUUAGGAGUUGCAAACAUUUUAAUUCAAGAAGGCAAUGUUUUCGAACCGAUAGUGAUUCUAGCAGCAAUAUUACACGAUACAGUAGAGGAUACAGAUACUACAUUCGCAGAAAUCGAGAAAGAAUUUGGACAUAAAGUUUGCCAGGUGGUCCGUGAAGUGACUGAUGAUAAAACAUUACCAAAAGCUGAACGUAAACGAUUACAGAUAGAGCACGCUCCUAAUAUAUCUCGUGAAGCAAAACUGGUAAAAUUAGCUGAUAAAUUGUACAAUCUGAGAGAUCUUGAAAAGUGUGUACCUAUCGGUUGGACAAGCAAAAGAGUAAAGGAAUAUUUUAAGUGGGCGAAAGCAGUCGUCGAUGGAUGUCGUCUAACAAAUCUCGCUUUAGAAGGAGAAUUAGAUAUUUUAUUUGCACGUCAUUGCGAUUCGAUCUGAAGAGAGCUGCCAGUACAAAUUCUGAGAAUGCAAUUGAUGAAAUUAUGUUUUUCACUGACCUGUGGCCUUUCAACUGCAACAUACCGCGAGCUGCGGCACCAGAAAGAAACUCCUUUUCAAGAUUCUCAUCACCGUUGCCUAUUCUGAAUGGAAUGUUCAUUCUGCUACGCGCGUCUCGUUUGAUAGGACACGUAUAGAAACCUCCUGAAUUAUCAAUUACAUCGUAUACCUUGCUGCUCUUCUUCUUUGCAAGAUUCUGCAUACCUUCGACGCCGCCAUUCUGUUUAAUCCAAUCGAACACCAAACCCACUACAUAUAUCCUAGAACAUUCAUCAACAAAUUGAUGUAACAAUAGUGGUAGAGGCUUUUAUUACAAGGAUGACAUGAAAACAGAUUAUGUAAGUAUCAUAUAUAUCCAAAGAUUUAUUUUUCAUCAAAGAAAGCUCUAUGUAUUGAAACUGCAGGCACUGUUGAUGUUAUUUCAUAAAAGGCAUUGUAAAAAAAAACUUUAAAUAUCUUUUCUUUAUUGUAGUUUUAUAUGUUGAGGUUUUAAUUAUAUCUACUAUUUUUAUGUAUAUUUUCUUUGUCCGAAAGUUACAAAAUCAUAAUUUACAAAAUCAAUGAUACUACUCACUGAAAGACAGGUGGGGUGUUGUGAAGGGAAUUAUCAUUGGCCAUGACGGUAAAAUUCAGCACUGUCGGACACACAUUCAUGGCACGGCCGAGUAGAUCAUCCCGUACGAUUACCAAAGUGACGCCGGCUGGUCCAAUAUUUUUUUGAGCACCAGCAAAAAUAAUCGCGAACUAAAAGAAAAAUAUAUUAUAAGUUUUAAGUAGAUAAAAGUUGUUAAGUUGUAAACAGUUAUAACUGCUUAAUUGCAAUUGAAAAGUGAGGAAAUAAUGAAAAAUCACACACUGCGUGAUCUAAAUAAAAUCCAUCUGAUCACAGCUCA